GUUCACUCUGUCCUCGAGACAUUUUUGUCACUUCAUUUUCUCAAGCAACCUUCUCUGUUUUAGUUUUCUUUCCAUUUUUCUUUCUGAAGCCAUAUACCAUUUUCCAUUCUUAAAUAUGUGUACUGAACAUAAACAAAAUUUUGUGGUGUUGAUAUUAGUGUCACUCUCCUGUGCUUAACCAUGAUUCAUCAUUUCAAUGCACUUACUACUCUCUUUGUGUCAUUGUAUGUGCUGUCAUUUGUCAACCCUGGUGCAACAAGAUUCUGAAGCCAAGGAGAAACAACAUGCCAAAGGAAUUUUUCUUUGCCCAAUUACCAUUCCUUUUUUUUUGGAGGGGAACUCAAGUCAACUUCAUGCCUGCAAACCUGAAGCCCUUUCAAGCACCAACACAGUAUAUAUACACAUUCUCUCUGCAACUGCAAUUUGCACCAUACUCACAAAACCAUUGCUCAGGCUCAGCCAUGGAAUGCAGCUCCUUUGAAGCAAUCUGCAAUGAGUCGGAGAUGAUUGCGCAUUUGCAGUCAUUGUUCUGGAGCAGCAGCGAUGCUGAUCCUUGUUUUGGUAGCUCAUCAUUUUCUCUCAUCAGUAGUGAGGGCUACGACACAAUGACCACAGAGUUUGUGAAUAGCAGCACAAAUGUAUGUUUUGAUUACCAAGAUGAUAGCUUCGUUUCAGCAGAGGAGACUACCAUUGGUAACAAGAGAAAAGUUCAGAUGGAUACUGAGAAUGAGCUGAUGACGAACCGCAGCAAGGAAGUUCGCACCAAGAUGUCGGUGUCAAAAGCAUGCAAACAUUCUGUUUCUGCAGAGAGCUCACAGUCUUAUUAUGCAAAGAACAGGAGACAGAGGAUCAAUGAGAGAUUGAGAAUACUGCAAGAACUGAUCCCUAAUGGAACAAAAGUUGACAUCAGCACAAUGUUGGAGGAAGCAAUUCAGUAUGUCAAGUUUCUACACCUGCAAAUCAAGCUCUUGAGCUCUGAUGAAAUGUGGAUGUAUGCGCCCCUUGCUUUUGACAGUGGUAACAACAGGCUCUAUCAGAACUCUCUGUCACAAGAGUAGUAAGGAAGGAUUUGUGCCUUAGCAGCUUUGCAAUUCUUCUCUCGGACUUUGAUUUGAUUUUAUAUUUCAUGGAUAUCACAUUUUUCUGGAUUCUUUUGUAAGUUAUUCUUGUUUCUUUAGACAAAGGAAAAUAACCGCACUUUGAUGAAGUAUGCUCAAAUAAACUGGAUUUUGCUUCUGAAUA